UAUCUUUCUUUAUGUUUUAAAGGGGUAUAUUGCGACCCUAUCACCUGGCCACCAAACAUCGCUAGAAUUACAUGUACACCAAACGUAGCAGGGCCUCCUGUGUGGGGAACUAGAUGCCAGUACACCUGUCUGCCAGGGUACCGUAUUUCAGGAGAUACUACGCGUACAUGUGAGCAUGCCGGUGGAAGUAAAGGGUGGUUACCUACAACAGAUAUCCGGUGCGAAGAGAGCACUUGUGUUGCUAUUCUGGCCCCACAAUAUGGCACUGUAAGCUGCACUAAUGAAAACAAGUACCGCAGUGUCUGUCAGCUCGAGUGCAGGGAGGGGUAUGUUCCUGAAGAUCCCAAUAGAAUAGCUACAAUCUGCCAAGCUGAUGGAUGGGAUGACCAGUUGACUAGAUGCAAAGACUUUCAACCACCGGUCUUCGUCGACUGCCCAGCAGAUAUCGUGGCCUUUGCAGAAAGAAAUAAAGAUACAGCAGACGUUACAUGGGAGGAACCAACCGCCAUAGAUAAAAUUGAUAACAAUAUAGAAGUACCCGUUCCUGUUCAUCUCAGCGAAGGUAGUCCACCGAGGUCCACCUUCACUCACGGACAACACCUUAUAAAAUAUACCGCAACAGAUGCAUUUUCAAACGAAGCAACGUGUUCCUUUAGUGUACUGGUACAAGUGAUCACAUGCCCUCCUAUCAGAUACACGUUGAAAGCGGAGCUUUCCUGUCCAAAUGGAUACGUAUACGGCUCAUCGUGUAGUUUUGGGUGUGAGACAGGCUACCCCGUGGUCGGACCUACUUCAUUUUCCUGUGAAAGAAACUACAGCAACAGUGAACCAGUAGGGUACUGGGAUUGGGGAUCAAGUGGAUCUCAACCCUUCUGUCAAAUUGUACCGUGCCCAACACUUCGGCCGCCGGACAAUGGAGCCCUGGCCUGUGACGGGUGGGCGUAUGGAACAUUCUGCCUCAUUCAGUGUAAUGAGAACUGGGACGUCCCUUUGGACAGUCCGGAAAGAUACGUUUGUGAAACCUUGUCCGGUACUUGGAAUCCCGACGAUGACGUUCCCGACUGUGCAUUGCCACGCGAUCCCGACAGCAUGAACCUACCAUCAGAACUGUACUACUACUCAGGGGACUGCAGGGACCCGGAGACUCAAGUACAGAUUCAAGAGAACUUCAUCGCGAUUCUCAACAGUUCCGACUAUAGUGACAUAUGUCAACUGUUUGUAGAAUGCGCUGCUGAAAACGUGCAGGUAAUCUGCGGUAACGUGACAACGCGCUCCGGUCAGCCGUCCUACCAACUUCAAGUCACGUUUGACUUAACUGUCAAGAUCAAAGCACAGACAAACCAGAAUCCUAGUUACAUCGAUUUAGAAGAUACCCUAUUCGCAAUGGCCAAUAAGAUUGACCAGCGGGUAAAGGGUGGAAACUUCUCCUUAGAUAACGUAACGGCCAUCGAGCUGGAAGUGCAGCCUGACUCUUUCGUAACGAAGAGAUGGACGAAUCUUGUCUGCGAGCCAGGAUUCCUGCCCAACUAUGACACAUACAUGUGCAAGGGAUGUAUCAAGGGAAGUUUUCUGGACGCAGACAAAGGGUCGUGUGAGAAGUGUGAAACCGGGCAAUUCCAAGAUGAAGAUGGCCAAACAACAUGCAAGCCAUGUCCUCCUGGUACAUGGACCGUGAAAAAAGGAAGCAGAGCUAUAGACCAAUGUUUGGUUAAAUGUCAACACGGCUGGUACUCGGACACUGGUAUGGAGCCGUGUGCACAAUGCGAAAUGGCCCACUAUCAGCCAAUGGCAGGCCAGACAAGUUGUCUUAGAUGCCCAACCGGGCAAAUAACGACGAUUGUAGGUGCAAAGGCAAUGAAUGAAUGUAUCGGCAUCGAUUGGGUCUUCAACGUAUCUAGCCGUGUUCAACUAACGCUCACUCCUCAAUCUGAACUGCAAGGGAUAACCUUCUCCUUCUGGAUCCGACCACAAUUGAACUCAUCGGAUGGGUCCAUAGUUAACCUGCAGAAAGAAUCAAGGAUGCUAUUUUCUGUUAAGAAUCCAGGAGGCAUUCAAAUAGCUAUAACAGGCCUACUAAACAGCACAUCUAAGUUUAGUGGCUGGUUGAGGACAGGGGUAUCUUUAGAAGCCGGUAACUGGCAUAAUGUUGUUGUCACCAUGAACCACAUGGAACAAGAAUGCAAAGUGUACGUCGAUGGUGCCAAAUCCUGGUUUCAGAGGCUGCCCAAUGACACAGUCACAGUGUUCCCAGCAAACACGGACAUCUUACUAGGUGACGUCAGUGAAGGCUCUUUUGCUGGCGACAUCAGUGCUUUCAGCGUGUGGAACGGCAGUUUAACGGAGUCUACAAUACAACAAAUGGCACAGAGCUGCUCUUCGGACGACUCCGGGGCCAUAGUGACAUGGGAAGAUGCCUUUACAAGCACCCUGAAGGGUAUAAGGCAGAGGAUACCAUCAAUUUGUGACGAUCACAACGAGUGCGCCCCAAAUCCCUGCGGAGAACACGCAGUUGGUUGCCACGACCUCAUUGGGUCUUACAGAUGUAUCUGUAAGAUGGGUUACACCGGUGCCCAAUGUGAGGUGAACAUCAAUGACUGUCACGAAGGCUCAUGCAGAAACGGUGGAACAUGCGUGGACGGCAUUGCCAACUACACGUGUGUUUGUCCCGAUGGGUUUAAGGGAAAGCUAUGUGAAAAAGAAGUCGUCAAUGGUGGAUGGGGUGAGUGGACAGAGUGGAGCCCUUGUAGUGCUACAUGUGGAAACGGCACACACCAGCGAUGGAGGCAAUGCAACAACCCACCUCCUAAAGAGGACGGCAAAGACUGCGCUGGGCCUUCUACGGAGAGUGGAACCUGCCGCUUGCAAGAUUGCCCAUCUUGCCUGGAGUUAAAACCACCAUACGGUGUCAUCAUGGACUGUUACCGGAAUGACACAGAAGAUAAGAAAUAUUGUCAAAUUGACUGUAGUCCUGGGUUGGAAUUUUCUGAAACACCGUUACCACUGUAUACCUGCGGGCCAGAAUCACAAUAUAAAUGGAAUCACCAAACCGAAAACAACCCUAAUGCCACACUUCCGUCGUGUGCCCAUGGACGAAUCCCUAAGACGUAUUGCCUUGAAUACGAGAUGGAAUAUCUGGAUCUGUACUGCACAUCUGAUGAGGAAAGUCGUCAUAUCGUGGAGUCCAUCCAAAACAUAGGAUCACAGAAUGUCCGGGAUGUAGCCUGUGUCUUGAGAAAUACUUGCAAUGCAACAGUGCAGGUUCAUCAUUGCGGUGAAUUUGGGAAGAACACUUCGCCAGCAUCUCUUGUCCUUGUACUUUGUGGAGGGGUCAGCGGAUCUUUUAACAUUGAAGCACUCGAUGUAAAUGGAAAUGUAACCACUGAAGGGCAUGAUGCAAUACGUAGGCUAUCCGAGACUGUCACAAACCUCGCUUUCGCAGCCGAGGAAAUCAAAAACAAAUCGAGUUCCAAUGACUUCUCCGUCGUAAUUGGUGAUCAGAGCUUUGCUGUCGACGCUAACGGAAGUCAGCCUAGACUCAUUGCGGAUUGCCAACCAGGGAUGAUAGCGCAAAGGAUGGUCUGUGUAUAUUGUGCAUCUGGCACCUACUACCAAAACAAGAUGUGCGUCAGGUGUCCUAAAGGGUCAUUCCAAGAGCUUGAAGGACAGAUGUCCUGUAUCUUCUGCCCGGAAGGUUUUACAACAGUGGGAGUAGGGUCUAACAAUAACUCCGACUGCUACGUGACGAUAGGUAAUUAUGCUUAA